AUUUUGUUAUAUUUAAGGUUGGUCUGCAAUUUGACUCAUCGGGUUGCACUAACCCAAUAUCUUGAUGGGUCAUUUCGUAUUUAAUGUCUUGCAUCAAGUCAAUGAAUGAGCUAGUUUAAACUUUGUUGGGUGGAUUAUUAAAAUAUAGAUCGAUUUUACCACCUUUACUCUACUGUAAUAAGUAGCACAAUUGUGUUUAUUGUUGCCUUGAGAAUUUCCAUGAAUUUAUAAUUUUUGUCUUUUCCUCGUCACUUUUUUUUGUGUAGAAUGUAUUAGUUGCUGGAUCAGACACUAGUGCAGCUGCAAUAGUAUGGGCAAUGACAGCUUUGAUGAAGAAUCCAAAAGUCAUGAAGAAAGUUCAAGAAGAAAUCAGAAAAUCAAUUGGAAACAAAGGCAUUGUGAAUGAAGAUGAUAUCCAAAAUAUGCCUUAUCUGAAAGCAGUUAUAAAAGAGACAUUUAGAUUGUAUCCACCGGUUCCACUCCUAGUUCCAAGAGUAUCAAUGGAAAAAUCCACACUAGACGGGUAUGAAAUUCAGCCAGGAACAAUAAUUCAUGUUAACUCAUGGGCAAUUGCAAGAGAUCCUGAAAUAUGGGAAAAUUCAGAAGAAUUUAUACCUGAGAGAUUCUUGAAUAGCGAUAUUAAUUUCAAGGGACAAGACUAUGAGCUAAUUCCUUUUGGAGCAGGACGAAGAGGGUGCCCAGGAAUCGCACUUGGGGUUGCUUCCACGGAACUUGCAUUGUCAAAUCUUCUUUACGCAUUUGAUUGGGAGUUACCUCGUGGGAUGAAAAAAGAGGAUAUUGACACAAAUGUUAGGCCUGGAAUUACCAUGCAUAAGAAAAAUGAGCUUUUCCUUAUCCCUAAAAGUUAUUUCUAGAUUACAGUCAGAUGUGAAUCUAAGGUGAAUUUUGUGAAAUAAGCUAAAUACGUCAUUGCUUUCGGCUCGAUUUAUGUAUACAUUUCUAAAAUAUUAUGAAAUGCAUAUAAUAAAUCACCCUCAAGCUAAA